UCCAAAUUGUUCUUCAAGUAGGUCUCACUUAAAUGUCCUCUAAGAAACUUACCAUGGCCGCUAUGAUGGACACCUCCGAAACAAACUCACAAGAAAUUGAAGAUCGGACACAGCUGAGGUUUCAAGUUGAGCUGGAGUUUGUGCAAUGUUUGGCAAAUCCUCAUUAUUUGAAUUUUCUUGCUCAAAGAGGGUACUUUAAAGAACAGUCCUUCAUUAACUAUCUCAAAUAUCUGCUUUAUUGGAAGAAGCCAGAAUAUGCAAAAUUCUUAAAAUAUCCCCAGUGUCUACAUUUCCUUGAGCUGCUCCAAUAUGAACAUUUUCGCAGAGAACUUGUAAACCCUGCCUGCGCAAAGUUCAUUGAUGAACAGCAAAUUCUCCAUUGGCAGUAUUAUUCCCGAAAAAGAAUGAAGAUCAAUUUACCAAAAUCAUCAGGACAAACAGGUUCUACAACUGAGGGUGAACCAUCGUGAACAAUGCAAAUUGUGUAGAAAGAAAUGUGGACAAGAUGUGUCUCUAGAGAUGGCAAAGAAUUUAGAGAUGUGGGUGGGCUCAUUUAACACCAAGCCAAGCAGUAGCUCCUUCACACUUUCUCUUUUUUUUUAAAAAUACCCUUUGCUUAGUUAAUUGGCAGACAUCAAGGUCUCUGUAAUCUUGAUAGGGUACAGUGUUGAUUUUGGUGGAUGCACAAGUAGGUUUUUUUUUUGACAAAGUUGUGCAAUGUAUAAUUUGCUCAAGCUUGAUCCUGACAACAACUUGGCAGAAGAUCAGGAGACUGAAUAUUUUGGUGAGCCAAUUGUAUACUGUGCCAGCCACAUUUUUUGG